AUGUCGAGCUACCUCGAACGUCAGCGGGAUGCCUUCUCUGGGGGUUUGGCCGCCAUGGCGGCCAAGAUGCCCGCCAAACGAGCUGCGCCCACAGCACCCGCGUCUCCGUCUCCGUCGGUCGCAUCGACCACCUCCGUUGUCCCGACCGCUGGCGGCACGCCGACGAAGAAGGUCAAGCGCGACGCCGGCGCCGCCAUCUACUCCCAGCCCGAGAACACGGGCGUCGGCACCGACAUCAGCACCAAGAUCGUCUAUGCCGUCGAGUACCUGAAGAACAACGGCAAGCCGCUCGCCCUCGAGACCGUCUUCAGCCACCUCAACGUCAACCGGGAGGCCGAGUCGGUGCAGAGGGAGGUCGUCAGCCGCCUGCGGAACCACCCCCGCAUCACGUGGAAGCCCGACCCGAACCUCAGCGAGCAGGCGUGGAACUCGGGCACCUACGAGCACAAGCCCGUCAUCCCGAGCGUCAAGGACAAGACGUCCCUCCUCAACUACCUGCAGAAGCUGACCGACGCGCGCGGCGUGACGGUCAAGGAUCUCAAGGACGGCUGGCCGACGUGCGAGGAUGCGUUGACGGAGCUGGAGAAGGAGCACAAGAUCCUCGUUGUUCGGACCAAGAAGGACAACCACCCCAAGAUGGUCUGGCUGGACGACGCGUCGCUGCACCACGGUGUCGACGAUGAGUUUCGUGCCCUGUGGGGCAAGGUCAAUGUCCCGUCCAUCGACGACAUUGUGCACAAGUUGAGCGCGGUCGGACAGAAGCCGACGAGCGAGGACCCACGGCUCAAGGUUGUGGACGCACCAAAGGAGAAGAAGCAGAAGAAGCGCAUCCAGCGGAGACCCGGAAAGACGACCAACGCCCACAUGAACCACCUCCUGAAGGACUUCAGCCACAUGAAGCGAUAA